ACUUGAUUUGAUUGUAUCAUUGAUUAUCAGUUCUCUGCCACGUGAAUUACGACAAAAAAAUAUUCAAAAUGAAAAUUUUCACCAUUUUUUUAAUAACUCUUGUUGCUUUGUGCGUUGCUUUUGGUACUGCUGAAGCUGGAUGGCUUAAGAAGCAAUUAAAGAAAGCUGAAAAAGGAGUAAGAAGAGUCAGGGAUAGAGCCCGUGAAAAUCUGGAUGUAGUAGCUGGAUACACAGGAGUGGCAGCUCAAGCUGGUCUGUUUCCGGGAAAAUGAAAAAUGGCAUAAAAACCUAUCAGAGUAUUUUAAACUAUUACUAAUACUUUCAUUAUUACCAUAAUUAUUAUUGAUUAAAUGUUUUAUUUAAAAAUCUGACUUGUAAUUUCUGUCCAACCUGCUUACUCAAAAAAAAAAAACAUUAUACAUAGGGGACAGUCGGGUAUUGGUGCGCACCUAAGCCACUCACCAUAUUUCGGAAAAUUUAAAAGGUCAGGAUAUUUUUCUGCGAUGCAUAUCGAUAGUUU